AUGGGUUUUGAAGUAGAAGAGAAAGGCAAUAAUGAGGGUGGCUACACAGAAGACGGGACAGUCGAUCUCAAAGGCAAACCAAUUCUAAGAUCCAAGACGGGUCGAUGGACGGCUUGUUCCUUUAUUGUUGUGUACGAGGUGUUUGAGCGCAUGGCAUAUUAUGGGAUAUCUUCGAAUUUGUUCAUAUAUUUGACAAGAAAACUGCAUGAGGGCACUGUUGAAUCGUCAAACAACGUCACCAAUUGGGUUGGCACGAUUUGGAUGACCCCUGUUCUCGGUGCCUACGUGGCUGACGCUAUUUUGGGCCGAUACUGGACUUUUCUCAUUGCCUCGGCCAUCUAUCUUUCUGGAAUGUCCUUGUUAACUCUGUCGGUAUCAAUAUAUCCGCUUAAACCGAGUCCAUGUUCAGAUCCAAGUGGCUCCCACUGCGAGAGAGCCACUCCGCUUCAACUAGGUGUGUUCUUCGGUGCACUCUACAUAUUGGCAUUGGGCACAGGCGGAACAAAGCCCAAUAUCUCAACUAUUGGGGCGGACCAAUUUGACGAGUUUGACCCAAAGGAGAAAGCCCAUAAGCUUUCCUUUUUCAACUGGUGGGAAUUCAGCGUCUUCUUCGGCACUCUAUUCGCGAACGUGGUGCUUGUGUAUGUACAAGACAAUGUGGGGUGGACUCUAGGGUAUGGGCUUCCGACAAUUGGGCUGACCAUAUCCAUAAUUAUAUUCUUAGUGGGCACCCCGUUCUACAGGCACAAGUUACCCACCGGGAGCCCAUUUACUAAAAUGGCAAAGGUGUUUGUGAGUGCAGUGAGAAAGUGGAGGGUGAUGGUGCCCAAGGACCCUAAAGAAUUGUAUGAGGUUGAGUCGGAGGAUUGUAGAAAAGGGAAGAUGUACAAGAUUGAUCAUACGCCUACACUCAAGUUCCUGAGUAAAGCAUGCGUGAGAACAGAGGGCAGCAACAGCAACAACAACAACAGUCCCUGGAAGCUUUGCUCGGUGACACAAGUUGAGGAAACUAAACAAAUGGUGCGCAUGAUCCCUAUUCUAAUAGCCACUUUCGUCCCUAGCACCAUGAUGGCUCAGGUGAGCACACUUUUUGUCAAGCAAGGCACCACCCUCAACCGGCACAUUGGCAGCAGCUUCCAGAUUCCCUCAGCUAGUCUAGCGGCUUUUAUAACACUGUCUAUGCUAAUCACGCUCGUGCUAUACGACCGAGUGCUUGUUAAAGUCCUUGCCAAAUGGACCAAAAACCCGAGGGGCAUUACCCUUUUGCAGAGGAUGGGGAUCGGCAUGACCUUCCAUAUUGUUGUCAUGGCAGUUGCAUCGUUAUGUGAGAGGUUACGACUGAAUGCCGCUAGAUCCCACGGCUUGGUCGAAAAUGGGAACCCAGUGCCUCUAUCUAUCUUCCUUUUGCUACCGCAGUUCAUACUGAUGGGAUCGGCCGAUGCGUUUCUGGAGGUGGCGAAAAUCGAGUUCUUUUACGAUCAGGCGCCGGAGAGCAUGAAGAGCAUGGGGACGUCUUAUUCGAUGGUUAGCCUUGGGGCAGGGAACUUUAUAAGCAGCUUUCUGUUGUCUACCGUUUCGCGGAUCACGAAGGGUGAUGGGCAGGAGGGGUGGAUAAAGAACAACCUUAACGCGUCCCACUUGGAUUAUUAUUAUGCGUUUUUCGCCGUCUUGAACUUUCUGAAUUUCAUCUUCUUUUUGCUCAUUGUUAGGUUUUAUGUGUAUAAGGCAGAGGUUUCAGAUUCGAUGAGAGUGCUUAGGGAGGAACUAGAGGCUUCAGAGAUGUAA